CAACGACUAGGUUUCAGAGACGAACAGGACAGACUUAAUCUGUGGAUAGCAUAUCUCAAUUUAGAAGCGCAUGUGAGAGGUAGAGUUGAGGAUCUCUUUAAGAGAGCUGCUAGCUAUAAUGACUCGAAGAAAGUUCACAUGGCAAUGUGUGAUGUAUGGGCGAGAGCUGGCGCGGAAGAUCUCGCACUAGAGGCCUACAAACGGACGGCUGAGAAAUUUGGGCAUUCUAAGAAAGUGUGGAUGAAGUAUCUUGAAUUCCUGUACUCUACUGGUAAACUCUCGGAAGCUCGACAGAAUUGUUUGCCUCGGGCAUUAAGAUUGACAGAUAGACGGAAACACUCGUUGAUUGCCACUAGAGCGGCUAAGUUGGAAUACAAGUAUGGCACGGUUGAACGAGGCAAGACGAUAUUUGAAUCCUUAUUGGCAUCUCAACCGAAACGGCUUGAUAUUUGGUCGGUGUAUUUGGAUGAACACAUCAAUGCUAAUAAGGAAGAUGCAGACCAGGUGCGGUCGGUGUUCGACCGGGCGGUUACACUGAAGUUGAAGCCAGCGAAAAUGAAGUUCUUCUUCAAACGUUGGGUUAACUUCGAGCAGUCCUAUGGCGAUGUAGAUCAUCUCGAUUUGGUGAAGGAUAAAGCUCGAGAGUACGUUAUGGCUCUCGAGAAAAGCCGCCGAGCUGAUGAUAUUGGGGAGGAAGGGGAAGAAUGA